AUGUGCGACUGCAUAAAAAGCACAAGUGGAGGAACACUUGGCACAAGAAGAUAUCCGGCGAAUGAAGUGACCUGCCUAUUCCCCAACAUCAAUCUCAUCGAGCACGUGUGGGAUGCGCUAGGUAGACGCAAUGCAGCAUGUCCAAAUGCACCAGUGACCCUCGAGCAAUUGUCAACUGCGCCAAUAAAUGAGUGGAAUGCCCCGCCACAGGAACUCAUCACCAACCUCGUCGAAAGUAUGGGACUGCAUUGCAGGGCAUGUAUUGCUGUCCAUGGUGAUCACACAUCCUAUUAG